AUGGAUGGGGAUAUAUGUGGUGGGAUGGAGGGAGUGAGGAAGAAAGGAAGAAAGGAAGGGAGGGAGGGAGGGAGGGAUGGAGGGGAUGAGGAGGGAAUUAUGAGUGAUGGUGAGAUUGAGAUGGUGGAUACUGGGUUGUGGGUAGGUAGUGAGUAG